CCUCCUAUGAAUCGUACAGAGCUGCAUGGACGUUAAUAAUGCACGUUCCUGAGUAAGCACGCAAACAGCGAUGCUACAAUUCAGCACGACUCAAUGGACAUCUCUCGAAAUUAAACAAAAAACAAUGUCACCAGGUUCAACAAUAAAACGCGAAAACCUCUGCCCCUCGCGGCGGUCGUGGCGGCGGGCGACUGAGGCCACACAGGGGCGAGCGAGGCGGCACGGAGCGAACCGCACUCGGCGCGGCCAAGGUGUGUGCGCUCUGGAGAACGCGGAAGAGGGAGCUGCUCAGAGCGAGGCGGGGUCGGGCGGACUCGGCGUGCCGGCUGCGACUUGCGCGAGGCGUCACCGCGACCACCCUUCCUCCCAGCACCUUCACGCCGAGCAGCCGGCAACCCUCCGUCACGCUUCCUCCGUCGUCAGCAACAGCCGCCAAACUCCCUCCACCCCACCGAGGGAACCGCCGCUCCAUCGCCACAUCUGACAACGCAGAACCCCUCCUCCCCCGCCGCCGCCGCCGCCGCCCGGACCAUGGCAACGCUCGGCGACGUGCCCGUCUUGCUCCUGCUGCUGCUGAGGGUGCUGCUCGAGUGCUGCUGGGCGCUCCUCCUGUGGCCCCUGCGGCUGCUGCUGCCCCGCCAGACGCGCUCGGUGCGCGGCGAGCUGUGUGUGGUGACGGGCGCCGCGCAAGGCAUGGGGCGCCUCACGGCCCUCGGGCUCGCCCGCCUGGGCGCGCACGUGGCCGUGUGGGACAUCAACGGGGAAGGGGCGGAGGACACGGCGGCCCAGGCGCGGGAGCUCGGGGUGCAGGCGCGCGCCUACAAAGUGGACUGCAGCCGCAGGGAAGACAUCCAGCGUGCAGCGGAACAGGUGAAGAAGGACAUGGGGGAGGUGUGCAUCCUGGUGAACAAUGCCGGGGUCGUGUUCGUGGACGACCUGCUCAGCCUCGAGGACCACGAGAUCCAGAAGACAUUUGACGUCAACAUCCUGGCUCACUUCUGGACUGUGCGCGCCUUCCUGCCCAGCAUGCUGGAACGAAACCACGGCCACAUCGUCACCGUGGCCUCGAUGAGCGGCAAAAUUGGCACGCCCUUAUUGGUCAACUACAGCUCCUCGAAGUUCGCCGCCGUGGGUUUCGCCGAGGCUCUGCAAGCGGAGCUGCGCUUACUGGGCCGGGACGGCGUCCGCACCACGUGUCUGUGCCCCUACUUCGUGAACACCGGCUUCGUGCAGAACCCCCAAUCACGGUUUGUUGACGUGCUGGAGCCCGAGGCGGUGGUGUCGCGCCUCCUUUCCGCGAUCCUCGCCGGAGAAACCCUCGUGCUCAUCCCUUCCUCAAUGCAUUGCAAUGUCCUCUUAAAGAGCCUGCUCCCCACUCGUGCCCUACAAGCGAUCUACGCCACGAUGGCGAUCAGCUUCAAAACCCGCUCCGGCCUCGCGGGGACGAAGACGAGCGGCGAGGAGUCGCAGGAGCCCGGAGCGGAGCGCGGAGCCAAGGUGCGGCUCUGAGAGCCUCCCAACAUCGAGCCCGGGCCCGGAAGGUUCUUCUCCCCGUGCCUGUAGUGGAGGCGUACAGGCGCCUUUGUUUAUACCAAUUGUGGCAACGUGUCCGCUCGGAUCUCUCGCAGAGCGACUCCUUCUGAGAUCGCCGAAUGUGACUUUUGUUUUCAUCCACACACGCGGGGACGCCCUGCAAUAGAGGGGAAUGCUGAUCCCGCAGUGGCCAAAUAAAAAUAAAAACCUAACGAUCA